AUGCAAGCAUAUUAUGCCGCUGCCGUCUCGGCAAUUUGGAUAGAGCAGGAAGUUUUCAUUGCUAAGCUAUCUUCUGGUUUGUAUGAUAAUUGGGAUGACACCGUCUGUGGCCUUUUCAAACAAAGACCAGAUCAAAUAAUACCUGACGAAACAUCAUUAUUCGGUGAUGGAGAUACAGACUAUUUCGUUAAGAGGACGAGCGCAACUCCAACUGACGGGAGUGGCUAUCUACCGGUCAAAGGCGCCGAGAAUACAGUCUUGGGGAAAUAUGGGUUGUAUAUUUUGACUGUAGUCAAAUCCGCUGAGUGGACUCAAGCAAAUGUUGGCUUUGGUUCUGAAUGGACUGCCGGUUGGGUUUCAGAGACUCUUCUCAAUCAAGGUGAUAUCAACGUCUCAAUUUAUAUGAGUAUCCCGGUUUUGGAUCUAGUUCAAUUCAGAGGCAAUAGCGACGUUUGGUCAGACAGUCGCUACACAGGAGGACAUUGCAAUUCAGAAGUACGUGCCAAGCUUGUUUCCUGCAUCAAACUUUCUUUGCUGUCUUCUAUCCCUCUCUGUCUAUCGUUCUCUCUCUAA